CCGACAUGAUUAGGCGUGGAAACGAUUACUCAGAGAAAUUCCAAACGUUUCUUCUGUCAAAUUUAGAGUGAUUGUAUAGCACAAAGUUUGUUGUUGUUUCUCGUUUAUUUCAUACAAAAGAGCAAAAAUGUCUUCCCGCAAAACCGUAAGCAGAAGGGGCACAACCAAAAAGAGGGCCCAAAGAGCAACCUCAAAUGUAUUUGCCAUGUUCGAUCAGGCCCAAAUUGCUGAAUUCAAAGAGGCUUUUAACAUGAUCGAUCAAAACCAUGAUGGAUUUGUUGAUAAGGAAGAUUUACAUGAUAUGUUAGCUUCUUUGGGCAAAAACCCAAAUGAUGAUUACCUUGAUGGGAUGAUGAAUGAAGCUCCGGGACCAAUUAACUUCACCAUGUUCUUAACACUUUUUGGUGAACGUCUUCAAGGUACAGACCCUGAAGAUGUUAUAAAAAACGCUUUUGGCUGCUUUGAUGAAGAAAACACCGGUUUAAUAAAUGAAGAGAGGCUUCGUGAACUUUUAACCUCCAUGGGAGACCGUUUCACUGAUGAUGAAGUUGAUGAAAUGUACCGUGAAGCUCCAAUCAAAGGAGGAUUGUUUGACUAUGUCGAAUUCACCCGCAUUCUUAAACAUGGUGCUAAAGACAAAGAUGAGCAAUAAAAUAAGAUACCUACUGUCAUUUAUUUAUUGUGGUUUAAUAUAAUUACAGUAUUUUAUACUAGAAUAACAGGAUUUCUUAAAAUAAAUUUUAUGUUUAAUAUCUUUAUAGAAAGUAGAUAACAUGUUUAAAAAAAAUGUACAUAAUAUACCUAGCUUGGGCAAUUUUCUUGUAUUCUUUUGUACUUAUGGAUAAUAAAUUUUAUACUUGCUACCA